GCGAGAGUGAGUGUUUAUUAAUGCUGAUGCGACCGUUUUAUAAAUGCAAUUGUAUCGUCGAGAGUCAUUGGUUGUUUUGGUCUGAUCAGAUAAGAAAUAAGAGUAGGGAUGUGUUAAUAUGCUCCAACGUAUGAUCACGCUCUUUCUGUCUCCCUACUUUUAUGCGCGUCAGUCGCUGUGUUGGAGUUUAUCAAAAUGGAUAUUACUACUGUAGCAUUAUGGUUACAAUUAGCUAUUAUAAUAUUUGGAUUGUUUGUACCGUCUAGUCAAUGUUACAAGUCGGACGCAUUUCAGGUUACUUUAGGCCAUAUAAGAUCACACACUUCGCCAGAAAUUCAAGCAAAAGCAGCUAAAGAUGUAGCCGAAAGACUAUUGGGCAAAGAGAUAUCCAAAUUAUUUAUUAUGAUGGUAGAUACCGAUUUGGGUCCCAUCGACAAAGAUACUUUCAAGGUAACAAAAAAUCCUCUAGGUGAAAUCGAAAUUCGUGGUACUUCUGGAGUAGCGAUCACGUGGGGUUUGCAUUAUUAUUUGAAGAAUUAUUGUAAUGUUCAUAUAUCGUGGGAUGGUACACAGAUUACUCUACCUAAUACAUUACCGGAAGUUCGAAUUAAAAUUACAUCUAACGAUAGAUUCAGAUAUUAUCAGAAUGUGUGCACUGUGGGCUAUAGCUCGACCUGGUGGCAAUGGAAGCAAUGGGAGAGAAAUAUCGAUUGGAUGGCUCUUAAUGGAAUUAAUCUUGCUCUCGCUUUUACUGCGCAAGAAGCGAUCUGGCAAAGAUUGUAUCAAGAAUUGAAUCUCACAAAAGAAGAAAUCGAUGAGCAUUUGGGUGGUCCUGCUUUCUUACCCUGGAUAAGAAUGGGCAAUAUUCGUGGCUUUGGUGGACCAUUAUCAACAAAUUGGCAUAAUCGUACCAUACAUCUACAACAUCAGAUUCUUCGAAGAAUGAGAAAUCUCGGAAUCGUUCCAGUACUACCAGCUUUCGCUGGUCAUGUGCCACGAGCUUUCGCCAGACUCUUUCCAAAUGCUAAUAUGACGAAAAUUAAUCCUUGGAACAAUUUCGAAGACAAAUAUUGUUGUCCAUAUCUGUUGGAACCGACAGACCCGCUAUUUCAAAUCAUUGGAGAAAAGUUCUUACGAAUGUAUAUCAAUGAAUUUGGUACCGAUCACAUUUACAAUUGCGACACAUUUAAUGAAAACGAACCUGGUAGCACUGAACUUAUCUACUUGAGAAACGUUAGCCAUGCAGUUUUUGCGGCUAUAAAUGCGGUCGAUUCUAAAGCGAUAUGGUUGAUGCAAGCUUGGCUGUUCGUGCAUGAUUUCAUGUUCUGGACAGAGCCUAGAGUGAAAUCCUUUUUGACCUCGGUACCUAUGGGACGAAUGUUAAUAUUGGAUUUGCAAUCGGAACAAUUUCCACAAUACGGCCGAUUAAAAUCAUAUUAUGGUCAACCGUUUAUCUGGUGUAUGCUACACAACUUUGGUGGCACCUUGGGAAUGUUCGGAUCUGCACAAAUCAUUAAUCAACGCACAUUCGAAGGUAGGAAUAUGAAUGGCAGUACAAUGGUGGGAACCGGUCUGACACCUGAGGGUAUCAAUCAGAACUACGUGAUUUACGAGUUAAUGAAUGAGAUGGCAUAUCGUCACGAACCCGUCGACCUUGAUGCUUGGUUCCAAAAUUAUGCUACCCGAAGAUAUGGCGCAUGGAACGAAUACGCGGUGACUACUUGGCAAUAUCUUGGCAGAACAGUUUACAAUUUUAUUGGUUCACAAAGAAUCAGAGGACAUUAUGUUGUUACCAGACGGCCAAGUUUAAAUAUUUCAUUAUGGAUUUGGUAUAACCGAAAAAAUUUCUAUUCUAUGUGGAAUACGUUCUUAAAAGCGAGACAUGGUAGAAGAAAUAGUACUCUUUACAGACAUGAUGUGGUUGAUAUAACUAGGCAGGCUCUCCAACUAAUGGGCGAUGAUCUAUAUACGAUUAUAUUAGAUUCUUAUAAAAAAAGAAAUAUUACUGCCUUUCGAUCAUCCGCAAAUGCUUUAUUGGAACUUUUCGAUGAUCUCGAAUCCAUUCUGGCAUCGGGAAGUAAUUUUCUGCUAGGUACCUGGUUAUCCCAAGCGAAAGAUGUGGCCACCAACGAGGAGGAAAGGAAAUCCUACGAAUACAAUGCGAAAAAUCAGAUCACCCUGUGGGGACCAAACGGUGAGAUCAGAGACUAUGCGAAUAAACAGUGGUCAGGAGUGAUGGCAGAUUAUUUCAAGCCCAGAUGGGAGCUCUUCCUGAAAGCUCUCGAGAAAUCACUAGUCGAAAAUACUAAGUUCAACGUAACCGAGAUUAAUAAUAAGAUAUUUGACAAAGUUGAACGGCCGUUUACCUUUUCCACAAAGUUUUAUCCGGUAGAACCAAAAGGUGAUACUAUCGAUAUAGCAAUGAAAAUAAUUUCGAAAUGGUAUAAUGAAGAAACACCAUCAUCAUCAAAUACGAAAAUAUACUGAAAAUAAAUUGCAGAUAAAUCGGUCUUUUUAUUUAAAUGCAUA